UUGGAUACAGAGCUCUAUCUUCCGUUGGAUGGGUGGCAUGGUUUAGUUAUGAAUCUGGUCAAGAACCUGCGCUGUCCAGAUUCACUCCCUUCUCGAGGCGAUCAUUCCUGACAACGGCCAAGCCCAGUCCAACGUAGCCGCACCUGCUAGAAUUCCGGGAUCGGAGUUACCGACCUCCCCCACACACCCGGUUGCCAAAUCCCCUGAUUUUCUAGGAUUCCACAGAAUCCAAAACUUCCCCAGAAGAAGAAUGAAAUAUAGGCAGAGAAUUCUCCAUCCCAAUUCGAUUCACACCCAUCUUGGCCAAAAGCAAAUGCACAUCGUGCCCUGUUCAAGAAUCCUCGCCAGCCCCCCCAAACAACCUUUCCUGGAUCGCCACCAUGGAUGCGCAGAAGCAAGAGCAGAGGAGCUACUGGAGAUGGAGCAAGCAAGACUUCUUCCCCGAGGAAUCCUUCGUCAGCUUCGCCUCCUACAGGACAGCCCUCUCUCAGACCUUCCCUCGCCUCCGGGAUCGCAUCCUCUACCGGUCGACUCAGUCCAAGGAGCUCGUCGAGCUCAAGAAGGAGAGCGAGAAUGACAUGAAGCGCUGCCUCAACUGGUGGGACCUCAUGUGGCUCUGCUUCGGCUCCGUUGUCGGGUCGGGCAUCUUCGUCAUCACCGGCCAGGAGGCCCACGACCACGCCGGCCCGGCCAUCGUGCUCUCCUACGCCGUCUCGGGCCUCUCUGCAUUGCUCUCCGCCUUCUGCUACACGGAGUUCGCGGUCGAAAUCCCCGUCGCAGGAGCGAGUGGGGUUUUUGCGGCCGCGGCGAUCGUGUAUUGGUCUUACACAGGGUUUGACAUGGUGGCGACCAUGGCCGAAGAGACAAAGAAGCCGUCCAGGGACAUCCCAAUCGGUUUGGCCGGUUCGAUGACCGUGAUCACCGUGAUUUACUGUUUGAUGGCUCUGGCACUGACCAUGAUGCAGAAGUACACCAAAAUUGACCGCAAUGCAUCUUAUUCUGUUGCUUUCUCGAGGAUCGGCAUGAAGUGGGCUAAGUAUGUCGUCAGCAUUUGUGCCCUCAAGGGAAUGACCACAAGUUUGCUGGUCGGGGCUCUCGGGCAAGCUCGGUAUAUGACUCAGAUUGCCAGGGCUCAUAUGAUCCCGCCCUGGUUCGCCCUUGUUCACCCGAAAACUGGCACUCCUAUUAAUGCCACGCUAUUGAUCACCGUGCUUAGUGCUGUUGUGGCAUUCUUCUCUAGCUUGGAUGUCUUGUCUAGCGUGUUGUCCUUCAGCACGCUGUUCAUUUUUAUGCUCAUGGCUAUUGCAUUUCUGGUGAGACGAUAUUAUGUUAAGGGCGAGACUCCAAAGAGCGACCUUCACAAGUUUUUGGUUUAUCUCUUUGUUAUAGUCGCUUCUUGCAUUGGAGGGACAGCAGUCUGGGGCACAAACACUGGAGGAUGGAUUGGUUACGUGGUUGCUGUUAUUUUUUGGUUUUUGGGCACUUUAGGAAUGCAAUUGCUGCCUCAGCGGCGUGCUCCACAGCUCUGGGGGAUUCCCCUGGUUCCAUAUUUGCCGUCGUUGUCAAUUGGGAUGAAUGUAUUUUUGAUUGGUUCACUGGGCGCUGAAGCAUUCUGGAGAUUCUUCAUAUGCACCGCAGUGAUGAUACUCUACUAUUUCUUGGUCGGGCUUCACGCAACUUAUGACGUGGCUCACCAUAUAGCACAGGAAUCAAAAGUCAAAGAGGGAAAGGAGAAUGUGGAUCGUGGCUUGUCAUAGGGGAUGGUUCUGGUUAGCCUUGGACACUGGACAGUAGUAUUCCCCUUCCAGUUUGGAAAUAGUUGCCGUUGGGUUGGCUAUUUUUGCAGGAUCUGCAGAUCGUGACUUAGCUUGAUAUCAAAUUUUCCUUUUGAUUAGCGCAUCAUCUGAAAGAAUUUUUUAUCUUCAGCCACAACACGUCAUCUUAUUUUGCUACUGCUGGGUAUAUACAUGCCGACUGUAGAAAUUAUUGUUCAUCACUCUUUGAAAUAGAUUAUAUUUGCCUUUUCUUCUCUUGAA